CCCUUUCCCGUCGACAUCCUCUUCUCGCCUCGAAUCAGUAGCGUGUUCCCUCCGCCACACACUCGCGGCGGCGAUGUGUCCAAAGCCCGGCCUCAGCUACCGCCACCACCUUCCGCCGCCGUGCUGCCAUUAAAGCCUUAGCAAGGGCAAACCCUUCAAAUGAUGCUGAGAUCCGUGCAUCUCCCGUUAGGAUUCGUUGUCUCGCCCUUAUUCCGAUGCGGCCAUCGCCUCUGUAGUCCCUCCUCCCUCCCUUCGACUGCCUCCUUAAAAUUCGAGAUUGCCGCUGCUCCUCAAAGGUCAUUUGUUUCCGCGCCUCGUCCCUGUUCACCAAGUGUUUUCGGAGCCUUUCGUAUGUCUUCCGGUGGGCCAAACACCAACUCCGAUGUGGAUGCUGCUUCCGUGGCGGCGGCGGCUCCGCCUGUGUUGCAAACGCCCAAAAUUCGCUUCUGUCAUUCAUGUGGAAAUCCAACCAAGCAAGUUAUUCCAGAUGGAGAGGAGAAGAUAAGAGCUGUUUGCACAGUGUGCAGCAAAAUUCACUAUGAAAAUCCCAAAAUGGUUGUUGGUUGCCUUGUAGAGCACAACGACAAAGUUUUGCUGUGUAGAAGGAAGAUUGAACCAUCUUAUGGCCUCUGGACACUUCCAGCUGGUUUCUUGGAGAUAGGUGAGUCUGCCGCAGAAGGAGCAGCUAGAGAAACUUUAGAAGAAGCAUGUGCUGAAGUUGAAGUUCUUUCUCCAUUUGCUCAGUUAGACAUUCCUCGGAUUGGCCAAAGUUACAUUAUUUUCCGAGCAAGAUUAAAGACGCCACAUUUUUCACCCGGCCCUGAGUCACUCGAGUGUAAACUUUUUGCAUUGGAGGACAUACCAUUUGAUUCUCUAGCAUUUUCCUCGAUCAUUGUCACAUUAAAGAUGUAUAUCAAAGAUAUAGCAUCUGGAGCCCUAAAGUUUCACUACUGCACCAUUAAUAAGAGACCAGGUGCAAGUCCAUCUGAUCCACGAGGCUUCGAUGUCGAUUACCACUUGCAUUCGUAGGAUGAUGGUUGUGUAAACUGGAGUAAGGAUCAGUUCUUCAUUUGUAUUUCCAUUCAAGAUAGGUCUCCAAUUGAUAUUUUGCAUCGGUAAGCUGUUCAAGAUUUGUCAUACGAGACACUACUUGCUUUAAUGAGAUCAUUAAUGUGAAAUUUGUGAGAUUCAAACCUGAGUUUUUUUUUUUUUUGUGUUAUUAUGUUGAGAGUUUAUUAUGUUCUAUUUUCCAACGUGAAUGAGAUACUAAAGAUGAUAUUUGUCUUUUUUUAUAAAUAAUAAUGAUUCGUCUCCCUCUUUGGCUCUUUCUAA